CACCAACGUCAUCGCUUUCUGCGACAAAAUGUGGAGUAAGAGCUCAUUAAAGCAGCAGCUGACGCUACGUGUUUUCAGCACCAUGGACAGCUUUAUUCUGCAGACAGAGCAGGUGGUGGCUGCUAUAAAAGCCUGCAUGGAUGCAUCUUUUCACCAGAGACCCACGCUGACAACAUGAGUCACUGGAUACAUGACAGGUUCGACUUCUCCACCAGAAACGCUCCUGGUCUUUUUGCACAACACAAUCCGAGACCAUCGGAAACCAAGACGACUUCCGCGGACAUGAGUUCCGAAAGCCUCCCAUCUAAAAGGUGCAGCGAGAAGGAGAUGAUGCAUGGUUUGAACGAUCGACUUGCGGGUUUUAUAGAAAAGGUGCACCACCUAGAACAGCACAACCUAAUCCUGGAGAGAGAGAUUGAGAGCAUCAAAGGGAAAGUCAAGCCCGCAUCUUGUUUGGAGGAGGAAUACGGUCCAGACCUGAGGAGGAUGAGGCAGCUGUUGCAAGAUAUAACCCAACAGAAGCACCAGAUUGAGAUCGAACAUCAUAAUCUGGAGGAAGACCUUGUCAUCUUGAGAAAACAGUAUGAGCGAGAGUCUGAGAGCAGAUCAGAAGCUGAGAGCAACAUAAUGAUCCUGAAGAAAGACAUGAGCGACGUGCAUCAGGCUAAACUACUGCUGGAUAGGAAAGUGGAGUACCUUGUAGAUGAAAUCAACUUUCUAAAGCGAAAUCACGAGGCCGAAGUUUCAGAAAUGUGUGUCCAGAUCCAAGAUGCUCAACCAAAGUUUAAAGCGCACGGAUUUGGUCAUGCAAGUGUCACUGCGGCGCUGCGGGACAUCAGGGCGCAGCUGGAGGGUCACACCGUAUCCGACAUCCAGCAGGACGGCGAAAGUUUCCGAGCUCAGUUCUCCAGGCUGACCGAGGCGGCCGAGGCAAAGAGAGAGGCGCUGAAAGCGAGCCAGCACGAGAUCCAGGAGUAUAAGAGGCGUCUGCAGGCCAAAAACAUUGAGCUGGACUGCACUAAAGGCACCAGAGAAGCUCUGGAGAAGCAACUUCAUGACGUAGAGGAUCGCCACAAGGAGGAACUUAUUCAUUAUCAGAAUACAAUAAAAGAGCUUGAAAAUGAGCUGAUAAACUGCAAGUUUGACAUGUCUGGCUACUUAAGGGAGUAUCAGGACCUCCUGAAUGUGAAGAUGGCUUUGGAUGUGGAGAUAUUGUCAUACAGGAAACUCCUCUGUGGUGAGGAGGCCCGAAUGUCAUCCAUCUCUGACUCCCCUAUCCAGUUGCCUCAUAUUUACCAUCAGUCGCCAGUUUACUCCCUCCCCAGCUUCAGUCGACCUGGAUUCACACACAGACGAGCAGAGCCAAAGUACAAGUUUGUGGAGGAGAUCAUAACAGAAACCACCCGGGAGAUUGAGAUGUCAGAAUUUGAGGAGACUGGAUCAGAGGAAACUGAUGUGGGGAAGGAUGAGAAGGAGGGUGAAAAAAGUGAGAAACAGGGGAGUGAAGAAGAGGGUGACCAUAAGGACAAUCGAGAGGAUGAAAGAAACCAGAUGUCUGAUAGUCAGCAGACUGAAAUAGCUUCAGAUAAAAAGUUGGAGAAGGAAAAACAUGAGGCAAUGAUAGCUGAUGAUGCAGAGGAGGAUCUUCUCAGUGGUAAAAAUGUAGACACAGAGGUUGAAGAUACUAAAGCAGCUGAGAAUGUAGAGGAAGAAGAAACUGCAAAGAUUGGGAAACUUAAUCAGACAGAUAUUUCAUCAAGCUUACAUGAUUUAAAGGCAGAGGGGAAUAAACAGGGCUCAACUAAGGAAGAAAAGCUGAUGUCAGUUCAAGAUGUGAAGCCUGCGGAUGGAACCACAGUUCCAGAAUCAAAGGAAUGGGACAAAUUCCCACAGUUUAAUGCUGUUAUUCAAGUGCAAGAGAAAGUCAGUGAAUUGGCAACAGAAGCAAAGGCCACUAUGUUGAUAGAGAAAGAAUCUAUAGAAAACACAAAGACAAAUUCCAAAGCAACAAAAAAAGAGGAGAAAGAAAUGAGCCACACGGAGCAAAAGGAAAGUACAAACGUGGAGGAAGAAGACAGGAAAACCACUGAAGGUGUCACACAUGAAAGCAAUAAAGAUAAAACCCCAUCUUCCAAAUCUAUAGAGAAAGCAGAGUCAGGAAUCAGAAACAGUGGAGAAAAACAAAUAACUCUACCUGAUUUGCAAAAAGAAAAAGUAUCUGUGAAUGCAGAAACAAGAGAUACAGCAAAAUUUCAAACUAUAAUCUAAAAAAUAUCAGUUUGAUGAAGUCAAAGUUGAUAAUAACAUUUUGAAUUCAAAGAGAUAGUAGCAAAAAACAGAAGCGCUCAUUAUGCAAAUUCAAUACUAUGGCACCAGCAGAGUGGAGUACAAAGAGCAAUGCAAAAUACUAGAACAAAAUGUUUUAACCCCGGUUCUCGUGGCACACUGCCCUGCAUGCUAUAGACAUUUCCCAGCUUUCACACAUCAGAUACCACUUA